UUAAUCUAAGCACAGGGCAACUUGAAAAUACAACAUGAACUAAUAUGACCCAGCAAGAAACUCCUGUGGUAGCACCCCACUUCACUUACCUUCAUCUGAUAAGUGACCAGCCCUACAAUUGUCUACUUCUUUCCUUCAAUCCAAUUCAUGGGUAGUUAAUUAAGUGCCCAGUAGGUGCUAAGAGCUGGAGUAAAAUAGAAGUACAAAAUACAUUCCUGCUCUCAAAGGUCUUAUAAUCUAGUGGGAGAUCAAAUGAAUAUCUGAGAUGACCUGUAAGUUUAUGCAGAGGUUCUCAGGGACUGAUGAAGGACCUGGAACCUGUAUUUUGACACCUUCUCCAGGUAAUGCUGAGCCUGUUAGUUCUUGGACUAUCCUGGACUUUCUCCCAGGAAAUCCAGGGAACCUGAGGUAAAGGUUUUCCACACAGUCUAGAGGUGGAAAGGCACUCAGUGGGGACGUGCCCCAUUCUAGGCAGGCUUCAGCUGCCACCCUCACUCCUUGCACCUCAUCUUCUAACAACAUGACUCUCGCGGGAGAGUGUCUGAAAGUGUCCCUCCUUGUCCCCGGUGGUGUGGGCAAGAGGCUUGCUCCCUAGACUCUUGUCUCUGUGAAAGGCCCUACCCAAGUCAUUGUCCUCAUGACCAAGGGCUCUGAGGAUGAUGGACUGACUGGCCAAGGAGGUUGCCAGCCCAAACUUCUUUCUAUACCUGUUAGAGUCUAGCGUUGGGGCCACAGACCCCCACCCCCCAAGAAUGGCUGUGGUAGGACACAGCCUCAAGUGGGCAGGGCACCAAGCUGGCAUGAAGGACAGGCCAGCCUCUCCCUGCAGAACACCACUCAGCGCUCCUGGGGCUCCUGUGAGCUGCUUCAGGGUAGAAGAGAAGGGAUGGUGGCAGUGGUGUCAGCUUUGCCCAGAUGGCAGGCUGCUGCUGAAGCGUGACCCUGCUCCAUUAUGCAGGGGUGGAGAUGGAGCCAGUCACUCCAGAUUCUAGUCAGAGCGCUCAAGAGAGAAGGAACUGGCGCUCCUUCAGUGUCUAGGAUGAGUGGAUCAGUCCCAAACCGUCCUAAGAAGUGCUACUGUCCCCGCCUGAGGGCAGGUGUGUCCCGCCCCCAGGACCCUCCUAGCCUGAGCAGAACACAGCAAACCUAAGGCGUGUCCAGCCUAAAAGGAAGAUACAAACGUAGCCUCAGGAGCCACAUGCCUUCUCUCAGGGGAUCCAAAACGGAUUUCAACAAACUAAGGUCCAAGAACUUCUCGGAGGAACGCUGCCAGGUCCGCGCGGGGGAGGGUGCUCACGGUCGUCGCCGGGUCCCAACGCAGUAACACAGAGCGUCCGCGCUGGUCGAAGGCGCUGGGGCUUUUCGUAGCAGGCCCGGCGGGCUCCUCAGGCCCCAGGGGAGCUGGGACUGGUGCUCGGGGACCGUGCCGGGGCGCCUUUUGCAGCCGGCCGCCCCUCCCCCUUUCCCACGGGCUUUUGCACACGACGCGGCGCCGACAGCUUCACACGGGGAGGCAGCGGCCGGAUAAAGCCGGCGGGCGCGGGGAAGCCGGAGCGCUCGGCGUGCGGAGGGGGGUCUGGAGCUGCAGCCGCGGCGGGACGGCGCCCCCGCAGCCCCAGCACGGCCGGAGCCGGGAAGGCGGGCAGCCCAGCUGGAGAGCCAGGACCCCACGCGCCGGGCCCUCCAGCAGGCGAGUGGGCGCCGCGGAGCGCCCAGCGCACGACCUCAGCGCGCGGCGUCCCCGACCCAGUGAGGGCGUGCGGGACCACAUGGAAACCACCGAGAAGAAGCAUCUGCUGGGCGCCAGGCCCGGAGCCCGGUCUUACGUGGGAUCUCUGUGGCAGGAUGGGGCUAGCUGGAUCCCUCUGCCACCACCUGGUCUGGACAUACAGACCAUUGAGCUGGCCACUGAGAGCAACCAUUACUGUCACGCACAGAAGGGACCUGCCAGUCAGUGCAACCCCACGAAGGAGCGGGCCCAGCGCCAGCUCUAUGUGGCCUCCGCUAUCUGCCUGGUGUUCAUGAUUGGGGAAGUGGUUGGUGGGUACCUAGCCCACAGCUUGGCGGUCAUGACUGAUGCAGCUCACCUGCUCACUGACUUCGCCAGCAUGCUCAUCAGCCUCUGCUCCCUCUGGAUGUCCUCCCGGCCGGCCACCAAGACCAUGAACUUUGGCUGGCAGCGAGCUGAGAUCCUGGGAGCCCUGCUCUCGGUGCUGUCCAUCUGGGUUGUGACUGGAGUGCUGGUGUACCUGGCGGUGGAGCGGCUGAUCUCUGGGGACUAUGAGAUCGAGGGGGGCACCAUGCUCAUCACAUCUGGCUGUGCUGUGGCUGUGAACAUCAUGAUGGGUUUGAUACUUCACCAGUCUGGCCAUGGGCACAGCCAUGACACCAGCCAGCAGCAGAACCCCAGUGUCCGAGCUGCCUUUAUCCAUGUGGUUGGAGACUUUCUGCAGAGUUUAGGUGUCCUGGUGGCAGCCUAUAUUUUAUACUUCAAGCCAGAGUACAAGUAUGUAGAUCCCAUCUGCACCUUCCUCUUCUCCAUCCUGGUCCUGGGGACGACCUUGACCAUCCUGAGAGAUGUGAUCCUGGUGCUGAUGGAAGGGACCCCCAAGGGCGUGGACUUCACGACUGUGAGGGAUCUGCUGCUGUCGGUGGAGGGGGUGGAAGCCUUGCACAGCCUGCAUAUCUGGGCGCUGACCGUGGCCCAGCCCGUGCUGUCUGUCCACAUCGCUAUCGCUCAGAAUGCAGAUGCCCAGGCUGUGCUGAAGGCAGCCAGCGCCUGCCUGCAGGGGAAGUUCCAUUUCCACACCAUGACCAUCCAGAUCGAGGACUACUCUGAGGACAUGAAGGAGUGUCAGGCAUGCCAAGGCCCCUCGGACUGACUGCCUAGCAGGUGCCAGCUGGGGCAUGGAUAGGACCUGCAGGUGGCAGGGCUGAGUGUCCCCCAAGCCCAGCUAAGACUGCCUACCCUGGCUGUUAUAGACCAGGUCCCUCUCCUGACCUCUGCCCAUGUUCAGUGUGGAGGAGCCUUUCCCCACUCUGGGAAUGAGGCUCCUCCCCUGCCUCCCGACCCGACUACAGCCAGGCCCUGGCUGGAGACUCGGCAAGUGAAAAGCUUUCGUGACGCUGCUCCUCCAGCUCCUGGGGUGGCUCCCAGCAGGGCUCGGUUUGGGGUCCAAUCCUCAGCUAAUGCUGUCCUACCACCAGCCUCUGGACAGGCAAAAAGGCACAGUGACGGGGGACAGUGGGGAGACUGACUGCAGCGUCCCUUCGCUCACUUGCCUCAUUUCCCGUUUUCAGUCUGGCCUUUGCCUUAUGAAUCUGUGAAGAAGCCCUGAAACAGAGCUCUCCCUCUGCAUAUUA